GCAGGAAAGGACACUAUCGACACGCUCAUUGGUAUAAGUGGCCGCAUCCGUUUCAAUAACAGAAACGACACACACGAACGACUCGAGACUUUUAAGAUUUUUUUUUCAGCCUUCCGUUUUUUUUUAAUAAAAGUGACAGCAGAAUGUGUCGGAAUGCAUAGGAAAACAAAAACAAGAGUGGAAAAAGCAGAGAGCAGCUACUUUUGACAGAAGUAGAAUCAUAAAUGUUUUUACUUGCCUCGAUUUAAAAAAAAAAAAAACACAGCAAAGCCACCACAAUGAAACCUCAGGACAUCGUGAAAGAAAAGAGCAGCCUCUGGAUAUUUGGGUAUGGCUCCUUGGUAUGGAAACCUGACUUUGUGUACAAGAGGAGCAAAAUCGGCUUCAUCAACGGAUAUAAGAGGCGCUUCUGGCAUGGAGAUGAUUUUUAUCGAGGGGACAAGGAGAAGCCGGGCAGAGUGGUCACACUAGUGGAGGAUCAGGAGGCUUGCACAUGGGGCGUGGCUUACGAAGUAACCGAUUCCCAGCUGGAAGAGUCCCUACAGUACCUGAACAUGAGGGAGGUGGUGCUGGGAGGUUAUAUAACGGAGAUGGUGGAGUUCAUCCCUAAGGAGAAGGCCCAUGCUCCUCUUUUAGCCCUCGUCUACAUCGCUACUUCUGACAACCCCAUCUACCUAGGUCCGGCCUCCGACAUGGAGAUUGCUGCCCGGAUUGCCCACAGCAGAGGCAAAACGGGUCACAACAUUGAAUACCUGGUCCGCCUGGCAGAGUUCAUGAGGCUCUAUUGUCCUGAGGUGGAGGAUGAGCACCUUUUCUCUAUCGAAGCAGCUGUUCUGAACAUUUUCAGUGACUGUGGAGGGAUCAAACCCUCAGACCAAAUAACAAUACUUGUAGGAGCCACAUAAAACACUGCCAUGUUGUAACAUUUUCAUGUUUUUUGUAGGGGGGGUCUUGGUGGUCUAAAGAGGAAAACUUGAUUUUUAUAAGGGAAGGGAAAAAUGAAAGUGGUGACUUUUAUGUUGGCAAACAUUUUUUAAUGCCUCAACAUAUCUUCUACCUUUGACCUUAACUUGACUUUUUUUAAGCAGAGAACUGAAGACAUGCUCUUAAAAUUGUACACAAACUCUAUAAGCAGGUGAUGCUCUUAAAAAAAUCACAUUCAGAGAUUUUUUUAAUGCAUGAUGUCGUACUCCUUUGUUGUAAAAGGGUCUCAAAAGCAUUUGUAUGUACAUAAUAAUUGUGUUUGAAUAAAACACUAAAACGUG